AAAGACUUAGCUUUGCCUGGUAAAUUCACAAGGGAUUUCAGUUGAUUUUCUUUCCCUUUUUACGCAUGCUUGCUAUAUAUUUAUAUAAUAACCAAGUAGAGCACGAUCUGAUGAACAAUUCUUGCAAAAAUGGCAACUGUAAGUCACAUAGCUAAUGCUAGCUAGCUGACAUUAUGUGCUGCUAGCUGUGCACCAGCAAUUCAUCCACCGCGACUUGAGCGUUUAAUCGAGCUAUAUGCAUUGAAGUCUGCGCUGCGUUUGUGGUCACUUAGACACUUUCUAUACGAUUAGUAUAAAAUGUCAGCGCAAAAAGACUGCGAGUUUUUGGUGAAAAGAGCCCGAGAGCUGGUCUCUGAUGAUCCCUGUGCGGCCAAAGCCUGGCUUAUAACUGCCAGAACCCUCUACCCUACAGAUUUCAACAUACAGUAUGAAAUGUACAUCAUUGAACGUAACGCACAGAGGACAGCUUCAGCAGGGAGACUGCUUUAUGACAUGUUUAUAAACUUCACAGAUCAGCCCAUUGUUUGGCGUGAGAUUAGUGUCAUCACAGCAGCCCUGCGCAGUGACUCUCAGGACAAGCAUGCACAGUUUUUACGAGGGCUCUUUGAGACACUACCUGGUCGUGUGCAGUGUGAGAUGCUGCUGAAGGCCACAGAACAGUGUUUCAACACUUUGGAGAAGGCAGAGAUGCUGCUGCUCCUACUGAAGCGAUUUCCAGAAUCUGUGGUCCAACACGGGGUCAAUUUAGGAGAGACAUUGUUGGAGGCAGAGGCAUCAGAGAAUGUGGAGACUCCUGUCAACUGCUUCAGAAAACUUUUUGUGUGUGAUGUCCUUCCACUGGUCAUAAACAACAUGGACAUGCGCCUGCCUGCCAGCCUAAUGCAGAAAUACAUGCUGAAAGCAGCUGAAUUCUACAUUGGUUAUGUUACCCGUGGCCCCUCACCUGAUGUACAGAUACAAGGCUCUCAGGAAGGUGGGACUCUGAAGUCACCUACUGUCUCCCGUGGCUCCCAGCGUUAUGUGAUCGAUGGCCUGUCAGAAAAGUCGUCGAUGGUAGCAGAGCCGUGGGAGAGGCUGCUGGACAUCCUUGGUGUGGUGGGAGCACGCUGCGAGUGGCAGGGAGACAAGGGGCAGAGGAGUUAUGUUGACAUGCUGCAGAGAGUAAAGGAACUGUGUCGCUACCUGCCUGGUCUGGAAGGAGACACGAGGUCGCGCUGCUGCAGUCAGGUGGUCAUCUGUGCUGCGCUCGUCCUCUUUCGCAGUGCCUUCCUCUAUGUCUCAGCUGUACAGCCUGCACUGUUCCAGGGAGUCAAUGCGUUGAGUUCAGGCCCGUGGAUCCUUGUGGAGGAUUUGAGCUCAGUGUAUAGUGAUGUGGAACUGGAGAGAGGAGCAGUGAAACAUGCACAUAAGAAACGCAAACUGGCUGAUGGGAGAGAGAAGACUAUGAGCUCAGAUGAUGAGGAAGGUCUGGGGAAAGGCCGCGGUCGGCACAUUCUGGUGAACAAAACAGAUAUGCCCAUUUGGUCAGAGACUCUGGAGAGCUUUCGUACAGCGAGAGAAAGCUGGGACCUCCUUCAUUCUCAUGAUGGUCUGGAAAGUGAGUUCAAAAAGAUCUGUGCCACUUGGAAGACGGACAGCUGGCUGUGGUUCAGAAUAUUUCUCACCGACAUGAUUAUAUUCCAGGGACAGUAUCGUAAGGCCCUCUCCAGCCUGCACCAGAUGGCUGCAGUGCAGCAGCCCCAGCCUGGCCAGCAGAGCCCCUCAGGUCAGGCCAGUCUGGAGCAUCACAGGGCCCUCAUUCAGCAGGCAUCCUGCCACUAUGCACUGGGAGAGUACAGGAUGGCCUGUGAGAAGCUGCUUGAUGUUGUCGGUGGACUGGUACCUCCAAGCCAAGAACCAACAAAGGCCCCAGAGGAUCAGGGUAGAGUCAAAACCAAAAGUAGGAAAGGUAAUGACUUGAGGUUACUUCCUUGCACCAGCAAAGCUGUGCUGCCUUUCUGUCUCCAGCUGAUGCUUGCUUGCUUCAAGCUUCGUGCCUUCACAGACAAUCGUGACGACUUGUCGCUCGGUCAUGUUGUGGUGCUUCUACAGCAUGACUGGCCGCAGGGCGAGAUGCUGUUUUUAAAGGCAGUGGAUAAAAUCUGUCAGCAAGGCAGCUUCCAGUAUGAGAAUUUCUUCAACUAUGUCACCAACAUCGACAUGCUGGAGGAAUUUGCAUACUUGCGUACUCCAGAAGGAGGGAGGAUUCAGCUGGAGCUGCUGCCCAAUCAGGGAAUGCUGAUUAAACACCACACAGUGACUCGAGGAAUUACCAAAGGAGUGAAGGAGGAUUUCCGUCUGGCAAUGGAGAGGCAGGUGUCGCGUUGUGGAGAGAACUUGCUGAGUGUGCUCCACCGUUUCUGCAUUAACGAGAAAAUAAUCAUCAUCCAGUCCCUUCCUUGACACCUGGCCUGUGCCUUUUGAACCUCGGCACAGUUUUAAUGCAGUUGGACUGGAUUUAUGACUCCAAAGCUGUUACUCUACAAAGGACACAUUUCUGUCUCUUUUGUCUUUUAUCAUCCAUCAUUGCACUCAUAUGAAAAGAAAAUGUCAGUGUAUGCUCCUUGCCUUAAAAGUGGACCUCUCCUUUCAGAGAGAAGACAAUACUGUAUUUACUGUGUUGCUGUCAUAAUCACUGUACAGUAUGUUUGCAGCUUUUUCCUUACUAGUACAAAGUUGAUGUGGUAACUUAAUGUGCUUAUCCACAUUUCAUGUUGUGAUGUUUUGUGGGAGUUAACAUUGACAAAAGAAUCAAAAGCAUUUUUGAUACUCUUUUUGUAAAGUUUAUUGUUUUUGCUACAGUCUUGAUCAAAUAGUUAGUUUAUGUUGAUGUUUCCAUUAAAUGUCACCUGAAUGGUUUAAAUAA